AUAAGAUGAAUCAAAUACUGUGGAUGGAUUGAUUUAAAAUUUUCAUUAGAAAUCAAAAAACUCUUGAGGAGGGGGGAAAUAGUUCAAUAUAUAAGUACAUACACUUUUCAUUGUUUAUGUACUAAAUUCUUUGAGAAACAUGAGAGCUUUCCUCUCCUUACCUCAUCAUCCUUCUCUUUCUUCAUCGCCCACCAUCAUCAGGCGAAAAAGAAACCCCCCCACCUUUUCACUUCAAAAAUAUCUCAUCAUCUUUUAGUCAUUUUCAUCUUGAUUCUCUUUCUAAACAUGGGCAGAGAUUGGAAACACUGGGGAGGAGGAAGGAGUAAUAAUAAUAAUAACAACAAUGGAUCAAGAACAACAACCACCACCACCACCAGAUCAAAGAAGCCAAAACCCCACAUUCACACGACACAAGGCGCCAGCACUGGCUGUAUCAACGCAAUCUUUCAAUUCUUUGAUUUCCACCAAUUUCAUUCUACUCCCAAUCCUAUCUGGAAGACAGUUCCCUCUUUUAAUCACCUUCCAGAAGAACUAGAACAUGCAUCCACAAUCCUCAGAGGAGCAGAAGCACCAAGAAACAGCUUGGAGAUGGACCCGCCACCGCCACCGCCGCCACCGCCGCCCACCGAAUCCUUAUCUAACUCAUCAUCGGUCAUCCAAAAUCCUGAUCUUUCUUUAAAUGUUAAUCCUAUGCGUAUUCGAACACAAAGAAGAAGUGAAGAUUUGUCAUCAGAAAUCAGCAUCUCCCCUUCAGCCAAAACCCCAAAUCUUGUAGCUAGACUUAUGGGUCUUGAUCUUCUACCUGAAACCAGCCCUCGUUCUUCUUCUUCAUCAUCUAUUGCCACAAACUCUUCUUCCUUAAAAUCCCGCCAUCAUCAUCUCAAUUCAGCUCCCAAAGAUUCUAAGAUCCCAACACAUGUACGAGCAAAACACGGAAAGUUCAUCUUGGACACCGAUUUCAUGGGCUCUCGGUCCUUACCGGCUACACCCAGAGUAUCGUCGGAGAGGAGGUCGACGGACGUUGAUUUUCACCGGCUGUCACUUCAGAGCAGCAGAGAAAAUACCAGUGGACCAAUGGAGGAUUUAACGGAGUUGUCGAGGAAGAGUACUGGGAGAAGAGACUUAAGAGUGCUGGAAGAGGAAGAGAACAUAAGCCCAGAACUCUACACUAGACAGAUCGUCCAACAGUUGAAGGACAAUAUUAUUACCAGGAAUGUUGCUUCAGACAUAACCAAUACCGUUAGGAACAACAACAACAGCAGCAGCAACAACGAAAGAAAAACUGAAUUUAUCGUCGUUUUGAGAUCUACGAGACCGGAGUCCAUAUGGGAUGAUUCCGCCAAUACCGUUAGGAACAACAACAACAACAACAGACAGUCUGAUCAAGUCGUCCUUUUGAAAUCUAAGAAACCGAAGUCCAGAGGGGAUGAUUCCGCCAAUACCGUUAGGAACAACAACAACAGACAGUCUGAUCAAAACGUCCUUUUGAAAUCUAAGAAACCGGAGUCCAGAGGGGAUGAUUCCGCGUCUUCUUCUAAUUGCUCGCCAAGGCUACGGUUCUUGGAACCUAAGAACAGAGGAGGAGCAAACUCACCACUCUCUCAAACUUCGAAAUCGUCCACACAAACACCCGAAACAGUGUCAGAUGUCGGAACUACGCUGAGAAAUCAGUCGUCGUCAGUUCUCAAAGAAGAAAAGAAACGAGAAAAGGGGAAAGAGAUAAGACGCGACCAGCGACUCUGUCUCAGCAGUCAAUUGAAUAGAUCGCAAGCAUCAACAUCACAAGCAUCAUCAUCCUCUAAUCCCAUUCCCAUCAAGAACAACAAGAAGGAAGAGACCUUCUUUCGGUCCAAAUUAGGAAGAAAGAAAGAGAAAUCCAAGAAAACUCCAUUAUCAAGCGAUCUUCUUAGCAACACCAACCUCUUUCAUGUCAAGAAAGACCCACCAUCUCCAUUAACAAAAUUACCUAAAAAACAGGAAUAUGAUAAUGAUGAGGAAGCCCGCUCCUCGUCUUCGUCGAAGAAUAGGAGCGUGCAAGCCAAAACGUUGACGUUUGGACGCGACGGAAACGGGCCCCGUUCGGUGAUGAACUCUUCCGGAAACAGCGGCAAUGGAUCAUUGGGUUUUAAUGAUUACGUGAGAAUGAUAACUGCGGGGGGAGUACAUGGGUCAGUGGACCCGGCCGUGUUUCAUCUGCUUGAGGAGGAGGUGUCUUCUAGUUUAAAAUUAUUGGACGGCGGAGGCAGCGGGAGUGAAGGUAUUAACAUGAACCUCUUCUGUAACAGAUUACUGAUAUUCGAUUUAGUGAAGGAAUUCGUAGAGAAUGGGCAAUCGUGGAAGGAAGUAGUGGCUGAGACGAUCUUGGAGAAGAUUAAGAAGUUGGAAGCGGCGGAUUGCAAUGUGCUGGAGGAUAUCGAUGGUAUAAUCGAAAGGGAUCUUGGGGAGGAGGAAGGAAGAAUUAUACAAGACCAAGAAAUGGAGCGAGUAGUGGAGCAAAUUCAGAAAGAACUCCUCGAUGAGCUGCUGGAGGAAGAGGAAGAGGAGGAAACCAUAUAAUUUAAUUUAAUUUAAUUAAAUUAAAUUAAAUGUGUGUGUGUGUAUGCCACAUAUUCACACACAUUUAGUAUUAGUUGAGACUUGAGACUUUUGAGACUUGAGACUUGAGACUUUAGAGACUUGAGACUUUUGAGACUUGAGACUUUAGAGACUUGAGACUUUUGAGACUCGAGACUUGAGACUUGAGAAGUUUAUUUUGUUUUUGUUUGUUUUGUUUUGUUUUGUUUGGUUAAAAUGAAAUCCUAAUGAUGUUUCUUAUUGCUUAAUGUACCUGCUAGCUAGAGUCUAGA